AUGAUAUCCGAAUCAUUAUCAGAUCAUAUUGAUCAAAAUACAUUAAUUAAAGACUUGGAUGUUGUAAAUAGCCAGGAAAAUGAACUUAAUAAGACGCCGGAAGUAAAUAACAAUAACUUAAAAUUUGAAAAAAAUGAUAAUGAAAGCGAUACUUCAUCAGAAAAACAGUCCGAUAAAGCAAAAACCAAAACAAUUAAUGUAAUCUCAACUCUACAAGAUAAAAGUAUAGUUUCCGAAAAUGUAAUGCAACCAACUUUAUCAUCUAGUAUGGGACCAGUAGAAUUAUUCCAAUAUUUUGUUUCAUCAACACCAAGAAUGCUUUUUAUAUUAUAUUUACUUAUUAUUUUCACUUGGAGUUAUUUACAAAGAUCUCCUUUACUAUUACUUGUUCUUGGUGUAGCAUUCGGUUAUAUGCUUAGGGCAAAUACAGUUACAAAUGAAAUAAAGGAAAAAAUCGUUAUGGUAAAAGACACAAAUAUAUCGAGGAAUUUAAGUUCAGAGGCCUUAAAAUCAGCAGAAAAAGUUAAGAUGACAGAGCUAGCAAUUACAGCUAAUAUCGAUAAAUCUUUAGAUAAAGUGUUUAAAUAUAUUAUACGUGAUAUAGUGGACUUCUAUUAUAGUCCAAUAAAUCCUAACGAAUGUCCAGAAUUUUCAAAUCAAGUUAGAAAUGCUAUGAAUGUAAUGGCAAUGAAUUUAUCUUUAUGUUUCCAAAAUUUAGAUAAAGUAGAAUUAGGCGUUAUGUCGAGCUUUGCAAUUUCAAACACAUUUAUAGUUCAUUUGCGAGAAUAUAGAAAAUUUAUAGUGACAAAUACACCUUUAAGUGUCUAUUGUAGCCAAAAUGAAUCUUCUGUUCUUACACAGUCAACAAAUAGAGUAGCACAAGCACAAAUCCUUCGUUCAGUAUCUCAUUUGAUGCUUAUAAGACUAUUACCUUCAUCAGAAAUUCAUAGUCAUAUUUUAAUGACCUUUUUAUCUGAUUUGUGGGCCAAUCUAAUUUUUCAAGCAACACUCAAUACUAUUUGUGACCCUGACUGGAUUAAUCGUACCAUUGUUGAAUAUCUAACGGAUAUCUCUCCAAUAGAUGCAAUUGAUGAGCACGAAGCUACUCUAUUCCAUGAAUUGGCAAAUUCGAUAGAAGCGGCUGAAUUAGCUGAAAAAUUAGAACAACAACAACCUUCUGAUUCAUCUAACUUUGUAAACCCCGCACCUACAGUACCUCAUGAGUCUUCAGGUGAAAAUCGGACGUCUAUUUCGAGUAAUGGUUCAACGACUACUCAACUAAAUCAAUCAUUAGCUACACUAAUGCAAAAAAAUUUGUCUGCUGAUUCUAAAACAGAAAUCAGCAAUGAACCAAUAGAAUCAGUUGAAGAAAAUCAUGCAGAAUCUAAAAAUGAAAUUACAGUUAAGGAAAACGUUUCACCAGCGGUAUCUCCUACAGUUUCUCCUACAGUUUCUCCUACAGUUUCUCCUAAUUGCUUAUUUUCGCGGUCCAAUAAAUCAAUUAAUUUACAAAAUAUUUUAAAUAAUCGGGGAGAAACUUUUGCGGAAUUUAUGGCUUUUCUAGAGGAAAGAGAAUCGGCCAAUUUACUAAGGUUUUGGCUUCAGGCAGAUUCAUUUCGGAAAAUAGCAACUCAAGAAGUUGAUGUUAAUCUGAUUCAAGAGGAUGCUUUAGGAAUAUUUAAAACUUAUUUUGGUAAUACCGCAACAUAUCAUGUAGUUGUUGUUGAAGAGGGAUUGGUUGAACAAUGUGUUACGGAGAUAUUGAAAGCACCGUCAAGUAAUUGUUUUAUGAUGUUACAAGAAUACGUUUUUGUCGUUUUGGAGAGAAAUUAUUUUGAUGAUUUCAUAAAAUCUAUGAAAACUCAGGGUGAAGACAUGAGUUUCUUGAUUAAAGAUGAACACCCACCUGAUAAAUCAAGCUCCUUAUCGGAAGAAACAUCAAUUGAAGAAAAGGUUUUAAACCGACCAAACACAUUGGGUGAUUCCGUUUUAUCUUCAACUUCGGAAUUCCUUGAUAAUAGUUUACCUAGGGAAAAUGAUUCUGAACAUUUGCAAGCCAAUCCAAGAAGACGAUCUAUGUCUUGGUCAAAUGGCAUAUCGGUUGAGGCUCUGGGAGAAUUGACUAAAAAUAUUUCUGAAAAUUCCGAUGCAAAGCCUUAUGAAGUUGACGACACGACGGAGAGUAAUCGCGAAUUAUUAAUUGACCAAUCAAAACCUCCGAUGAUGGAUUUAACGGGAAUACGUAUAAGAAUGACUGAAGUUUCUGAGGCGCCGAAUAAGUAUAUUGUUUUAACAAAAUCUUUAGGUUAUAUGAUUGAAGUUGAGCAACCUGGAUCAACAGGAUGGAUUAUGACACGAAGUUAUACAGAUUUUGAAAAAAUGCAUCAAUCUUUAGUACAAGCUUUUCCUAAAGUCGAUAAAGUGACAAUGCCUCGGCUAAAGUUUAAAAAAAAUCAUGAGGCUUGCGAAGCAUUAGAAAGAUAUUUGAAUAUUUUACUAAGUGAUGUUAUACUUUGUGAAAGUGAUGCUUUACAAAAGUUUAUGAAAAGAGAUGGGUUACCAAAAAAGAACUCGGAGAUGCCUAAUUUGAAAAAAACAAGAGGAUUGUCAAUCUUAUCAGCAAAAUCUAUGUCUAUGGUGAAUCUUUUAACUAAUAAUAGCGAUUCAAAGAAUCAACAUGAUAAACGGAAUCAAAGUUAUGAUGAAGCAUUUUUACCGAAAAAAUCCUCCGAGAUAUUAAGGUCAUCGGAAGCAGCUUUUAAGAAAAUUUCCGACUUUUUACCAAGAAUUUCCACAGAAUUAUCAAAGAUUCCUGAAGAAUUAUAUGGAAAGAAUUCGUCUUCUACAAUGGUUACACAACCCAGCAUCGAAACAGUUAAUUCAACAGCAUGGGGAUCUAAUCGAACCACCCCAACAUCUACAAGUGAAAGUGAUACAUCUUCAAUUGUUAUGGUGGAUGCUCCUUCAAAUCGAUCUUCAAUUGCAGAUAAUGAUGCUACAUCAGACUCAGAUGAUACAAAUUUAAUAUCAAAACAUCGAGUAAGACCAAAUAAACAAUUAACAGGUCAAGAUAUUGAUCUUUUAAUUGAUACAAUUUUUGCCGUAGUCGAAGAAAUAUUUGAUUUAUCAGUUAAAUCUCAGUGGCAUCUUCGUAGGACUGUAUUAUCAGUUCUAAGAGAGGUUGUUAGAAGAUCAUAUACGGAAGCAAUUAAAACUUCAUUUUUAAUGUAUAUUGAUACUUUAUCCACUGAAGAAAAGGUGACAUCUAUAAUUGACAAUUUUACAAAUUCGUUUUGGCCAAAUGGCACUUGGACAGGAACAUCAUCUUUACGCACUGAAGAAGAGAAAUUAAAAACAAAAGAGGAAGUAAAAAAAUUACUUUUACAAAAAGUUGUACCAAGUUCAAUAAAACAAGUUAUGGGAUUUGAAAAUUCUCGGAUUAUGAUUGGUAGAUUAGUUGAUGGAUUUUUAGCUGAAAAAGAAGUUAUUAGGGGUAUGGGUGUUAAUAUAUUGGAAAGUAUUAUAAAACUUAUUAUUGCUGAAUAA